CUCGAAGCCACCCGAACCAUCUGGCUUUGUGCUGCGUCUCCAGAGCCAGAGCAGCCUCCCCCGGUGACCGUCCUCCACACUCACCUCUCCCCAGUCUUCAUGCUGUGCCUCCCUUGUCUCUUUGAAAGCUUCGGAACGCUCCAUCAACAACGAUGUCUGGAAGCUACUACUUCGUUAUUGUUGGCCAUCAUGACAAUCCAAUCUUUGAAAUGGAAUUUUUGCCGCCUGGAAAAGCUGAGUCCAAAGAUGACCACCGCCAUCUGAACCAAUUCAUAGCGCACGCUGCACUUGACCUCGUAGAUGAAAACAUGUGGCUGUCUAACAACAUGUACUUGAAGACUGUGGACAAGUUCAACGAGUGGUUUGUCUCAGCCUUCGUUACUGCAGGUCAUAUGAGAUUCAUCAUGCUGCAUGACGUAAGACAGGAAGAUGGGAUAAAGAACUUCUUUACUGAUGUCUAUGACUUAUACAUAAAGUUUGCAAUGAAUCCAUUUUAUGAACCCAAUUCUCCUAUUCGAUCCAGCGCAUUUGACCGAAAAAUUCAGUUUCUUGGGAAGAAACAUCUUCUGAGCUGAAUGCUGAAACAUGCAGAAACAGUGUUACUACAAUAGAAUAUACCUAGAAAAUGUGUAUAUGCUAAGUAACUUAAUUAAAAAGCCUAAGAAAAUA